AUGCCUCGCCCUCGCCGCUCUGCUGCCGCCAAGGCAGUCAAGUACAACGACGAUCCGCUCAGCGACGAGGUCGACGACGAGGACGCCGCGUUGACGGACGCGGGCGAGUCGGCGAGCGGCGCGUCGUCGUCGCGCAAGGGCGGCGUGCACAAGGCGCAGGAUGACGAGGCGUGGAGCCAAGGCGACGACUCGGACGACGCGCCCGCCCGCAAGAAGGCCCGCACGUCGACCAGCUCCAGCUCGACCAAGGGCAAGGGCACGUCCAAGGGCAAGAGCAAGGGCAAGGGUCGGGCGGGCAAGCUGUCGGCCUUCCUCGCCAUGCCGCUCGACAUCCUGGUCGAGAUCUCGCGCCACCUCGACCCGCCAUCGCUCCUGUCCAUGUCGCGCGCCAACAAGAUGAUGCGCGGCGUCUUUGCGCACCGCUCGGCCGCCCCGAUCUGGGCCAUCGUGCGCGGCAACGUCGACCUGCCGCAGCUCGAGGCGACCGACCUCUCCGAGAUGCAGCUCGCGAGCCUCGUGUUCGAGCGCAACUGCCACCUGUGCGGCCGCGGCAGGGCCUCGAUCGUCGACUAUGCGCUCAGGGUCCGCUGGUGCAAGAAGUGUCAGCGCGCCAACCUCGACAACCAGUCGCGCAUCCGCAGGAAGGUCGAGGACCUGCACGUCAACGCAUUCGAGUGCUCGCCGUUCACCUUCCACUCGCUCAGCGGCUACAACUCGGGCAAGAACCCGUACUACUGCACGCCCGACGUCGAGCGCAUCAGCGCCCAGCUGUACGAGGUCGAGGGCAAGGCGCCCAAGAAGCCGCGCAAGGCGAAGAAGAAGAAGAGCAAGAAGCGCAAGUACGAGGACGAGGACGACGAGAGCGACGAGGAGGUCAUGGACGAGGACGACGUCGCCAAGCUCGAGGCGUUCGUCAAGCAGCGCCACGACAUCGUCGCCGCCUCGCAGAGAGACGCGGUGGCGCUCGUCAAAUGGGAGCGCUCGUCCAUCACGGCCCGCAGGGAGUCGGGCGACGCGGCGCGCCAAGCUCGCGAGGAGGCCAUCCGGCAGAAGCUCCUCGCCCUCGGCUACUCGGACGCCGACUGCAUCAUCAACCCGUACUCGAGCGUGUGGAACCUCGUCGACCAGCCGACCAAGCUCACCAACUCGAUCUGGACCCGCAUCUCGCCCAAGAUCAUCGAGCACGUCGAGGCCCAGAAGAAGCGUCGUAUCGCCAGCGAGACGGCCAGCCGUUGCCGCAUUCGCCACGCCGCCGUGCAAGGUCGCUACGAGCUCCUCCUCGCCGCCGAGAAAGGUGAAGCCUACCUCACCUUCCCUUCACCAUCGAUGUUCGCUGCGCUCCCGAGCGUCGAGCCGUUCUGGGUUCCCGAGGGCGCUACCUUGACCGACGACGCGUGGGCGGCAGCCCUUCCGGCCAUCCUCGACGAGGUCAAGCUCGCCCGUCGCGCCAUCAAGGUCGGCUACGCCCGCAACAUCGUCAAGGUGCUCGUCGAGGCGGGCGCCCCUAUCGCUGCCGCGCUUGUCAAGAAGCUCGAGCCGUCCGAGACUGCGCCCGUCCGGCCCAUCGGCGUCUUGCGCGACGCCGCCGAGAACCACGACAUGGUGCGCUUCGGCUUCUCGAGCCUCGACCUUGCCGACACGGCCGACCACGUCGGUGACGCCGAGCUCGACGCCCUGUUCUCGCGCCUGAGCGCGACUUUCCUGUCGACCAAGUACAACGACUCGAAGCUCGAGCACUUCCCCGACAUCCACCGAGUGCUGCGCGACAACCGUCGCGCAGCGGACGUCUCAGACGCAGUGCUCCCAACCGUCUGCUUUGUCAAGGAGGUCCUCGACAUCCUCAAGCGCACGAGCUUGCCCGACGACCGAUCCAGCCGCCGCAAACUCGAGCGGCUCGGGCCCGUCUUCCGGUGCCACGGCUGUGAUCCCGAGCGCCUUGACUACGACCCCUUCUACUUUGGGCGUGGAGCGCGCGCGUCGGACCGGAGCGAGAACCUGUACUGGAGCGACAUGAUGGAGCACGUCACGAGCCGGCACCGCGACACUUACAUGCAGCGGUACAUGUCGCCGCACAUCAAGCACUCCGAGAUCCGCCUCUCGACGUCGACCUACCCACCUGUCCCGCUCCAGCAGCCCGUGCCCGCCCGCAAGCCCGCCACGCCUUUCGUGCCAUCCCGCGACCCUUCGUCCAUCGAGGACGACGAGCUCGAGGCCUGGUUCGACGCGGCGUCCUCGGACAAGCCGUCGACCUCCGGCGACAUCGAGCUCGAGCCCGUCGACGACGAGCUCGAGGUCGCAGACUACGAGCUCGAGGCGUGGUACACGGCCUCGCGCUUCGGCGACGAGUCGACGACGACGAUCGCCGACGACGAGUUCGAGGCCUGGUUCGACGAGGCGUCCGUCGACGACCCGACGGCCGUCGGCGACGACGAGCUCGAGGCCUGGCUCGCCGACACGGGCCUCGACGGGCCGCCGUCUUUCGCAGACGACGACAUCGGAGCCUGGCUCGAUGCCGCCGUCUGA